AAAGCCACAUCCAGUGAACGUCACUAUGGCUAAUCGACAUCCUCGUGGCAUAUUUCUGAUCUUCCUGGCUUUGCUGGGAUCAAACCUUGGGUUCAUCCAUAAGCACAUGUCCAAGGAUGAGUUGGGAAUGUACUUCCAAACCAGUCAACACGACAAGGUCGAUUCCAAUUCUUACACAGUGGCUGCUAUUAAACGCCAAAGUGUUUUGGCCAAGCGAUCCGAGAACGGCGAAACUCCGGAUUUGGCGGUGUCUUUGGAGGCAUUUGGACAAAAAUUCCACCUCAACUUGAUCAAAAACAAACAUCUUACUCACAACGAGACGACCUUGCAAAUGACCACACCAGAGGGAACAACAACCAGCAAGAUAUCGAAGGAGUUGCAACAUUGCUUCUACCAAGUCAAAGACGAUCGGCAUUUUGGCGGGAUCAGCACUUGUUUUAACAGUUAUGAGGGCUUUUUCCUUGAUGGAGAUUCGGUCCUAGAAAUAAGCCCUUUGACCAAACAAUUAGCCCAAAAGGUGAAACGAUCAAAACGUAGCAAACCAAUGGACUCACCGGUGGAGGCAGCCCAGUAUCAUUUGAUAAAGCGAACCAAAUUACACGAGUUUCGUGAACGUUUCGGCCCGUUGGAACGUUCCAUCAAUAAGAAGAUGACUAACGACGAUGAGUUCAUCAUGGCGAAGCGGUCUUGGCGGAGUUGCGGCAAACCAGAUCUUUAUCUGAAGUUAGGAAUCACCAUGGACAAGGAAGCGUUUCGAAUCUUCAACUAUCAAAAGCAACUCCUGAACAAGAACGUCAUUUCUAGUAUCAUUCUUGUGGUCGUCAAUGGGAUGAAUGCUAUAUACCAUCAUCCAACCCUAGGAAGGAAUGUGAUUUUUGUGGUCAAUGAUAUUGAAAUUAUGGAUGGAGUAUCACCCUAUCACAGCAAUGGAGAACGAAACAACCUUCUCAGGGCUUUUUGCAAUUAUCAUACAUCAAAAAACAAGGACAGGAAAUACGACUUGGGUGUUUUGUUCUCCGGGAUCGACAUGUGGGCCCCGAUCGGGAAAAACAAAAGUAUGUCCACAAUGGGUCUGUCCGCUGUUGGAACAGUUUGCAACCCACUUUGGAGUUGCGUUAUAGCAGAAACUGGAGUCAGAGACGCAUAUGGUCAAGCCUACCCGUCCACUGGAUUUAACAUAGUUUAUAUCACGGGUCACGAAAUUGGCCACAACAUAGGCCUUCAUCAUGAUGGAUUUGAACAGCCCAAAGAUCCACAGGAGCCUCCCAAUCGUAAAAAACCGGACAUCUUCAAGAAUUGCAACAAAAAUGGAUUCGUCAUGUCUCCAAGUCGCGGUCCCGAAGGUGAAACACCAUGGUCAGAUUGCUCUCGUAAUUUCAUAUGCAAUUACAUUGAUGCUCCUUGCAUGGAAGACAAGGCGGUCGCCCCCAAUGAGUUUGACCACAGUUUACGGUAUGGCCUUACACCUGGCAUGUAUUACACUGCCAGAGAUCAUUGCAAGUUCCUUAUGGAUGGGGACAAAAGCGCCCAUGCCAUCAAUAACAAUAUGGCCGACAUCUGUGACAAAGGCAUUCAAUGUGAGCUGCCAUCCAAAAAUCGGGUUGAAUACAGUGGACCGGCGCUCCAAGGAACACCAUGUGGUGCGGGCAAAUUUUGUAUGAACAAUGAAUGUAUCGGAGCUACGGGAAGACAAGCGGUUCUGGAGCCUUCGUGGGGAGACUGGAAAGAGGAAGGCGGAUGCUUAGGCGGGUGCGUGAGUGAAUCCAAGGGCUACCAAACCUUCACUAGAUCUUGUCAGUUCCAAGGCGAAGGUGCAAAGGAAGGGGAUUGCGUGGGUCCCACCACAAAGGUUGAGCUUUGUGAUAGUCCAGACAAGAGUGGCUGUCUCGUCGAAGGCACUGCCGUUGGUUACGCUUCUGCCGCUUGUACGGCUAUCAAAACUGACUUCGAAGCUGUCUUUGGUAAAUGGAUCAGUGGGCAGGGAUUUCAGAAAGAAUAUGACGAGACGGACGCAAAUCGGGCUUGUCAAAUCUAUUGCACUGCAUCCAAGGGUGGCUCAAAGUCUCCAGCGGAAGUAAUGACGAAGUUUAAUCGCUUGGAUCUCGGCUAUUUCCCGGAUGGAACUCCCUGCCACAAGGUGAGGGAUUCCACUUUCUAUUGUCAGGGGAGAGCGUGUGUCAAUCCCAGCGGUCGAGGGCAACGAUCCAGUAGCAAAGGCGGGCAAGUGGUCACGAACGUUGGCUUCCAACCUAGUGCCAAUGUCGACAAGUACUUGACCCUGGACGAAAAUGGUAACCCUUUGUCCGAAAUCAUUCCCGAGUUUGGAGAAGGUACGAAUACCGAGUUCGAAUUGGAAGAUGGUUUCGAGAUCCCUACUGCUUAAAACAUUGCACCACUGAUGAAUUACUUUGCGUUUACAAUGCUGAAAUUAAAUGCAUCUUUUACUGGCUAUGAGUGUUUUCUUCAAAAACCGACAAUGAAUUGAACGGAACAA